AGCCCGGCGCCGGCAGUGGAAGCAGUUCCGCCGAGAGCCGAAGAUGGCAGUGAACGUAUACUCGACAUCAGUCACCAGUGAUAACCUAAGUCGACAUGACAUGCUGGCCUGGAUCAAUGAGUCUCUCCAGUUGAAUCUGACAAAGAUCGAACAGUUGUGCUCAGGAGCUGCCUAUUGUCAGUUUAUGGACAUGUUGUUCCCCGGCUCUGUUGCCUUGAAGAAAGUGAAGUUCCAAGCUAAACUAGAACAUGAAUAUAUCCAGAAUUUCAAAAUACUACAAGCAGGUUUUAAGAGGAUGGGAGUUGACAAAAUAAUUCCUGUGGAUAAAUUAGUUAAAGGAAAAUUUCAGGAUAAUUUUGAAUUUGUGCAGUGGUUCAAGAAGUUUUUUGAUGCAAACUAUGAUGGAAAAGACUAUGACCCUGUAGCUGCCAGACAAGGACAAGAAACUGCAGUUGCUCCCUCCCUUGUUGCUCCAGCUCUGAAUAAACCGAAGAAACCUCUCGGCUCGAGCAGUGCAGCUCCACAGAGACCCAUCUCAACACAGAGAACUCCUGCAGCUCCUAAGGCUGGACCCGGGGUGGUGCGAAAGAACCCUGGCGUGGGCAACGGGGACGAUGAAGCAGCUGAGUUGAUGCAGCAGGUCAACGUGUUGAAACUUACUGUUGAAGACUUGGAGAAGGAGAGAGAUUUCUACUUUGGAAAGCUACGGAACAUUGAAUUGAUUUGCCAGGAGAAUGAGGGGGAAAACGAUCCUGUAUUACAGAGGAUUGUAGACAUUCUCUAUGUCACAGACAAAGGCUUUGUGAUACCUGAUGAAGGGGGCCCACAGGAGGAACAAGAAGAGUAUUAACAGCCUGGACCAGCAGAGCAACAUUCGAAUUCUUCACUCCAAAUCAUGUGCUUAACUGUAAAAUAUUCCUUUUUAUUAUUCUUAGAGGAUUCACUGGUUUCUUUUCAUAAGCAAAAAGUACCUCUUUUUAAAAAAGUGCACUU